AUGUCAGAAUCUGCGUCAACGCCACAACCUUUGACAAUUCAACAACAGCGAGGGACCAGAGGUCGGGAUGGAAACGUCCGAAUGCCUAGGGCCAGUAGAGGGACGCGUGCUACAGCUCGUGGGCGAGGACGAGGAAGAUUUGCGGCAACUACAAACAAUCAGCCAUCGGGACCUGGCACAUCUUUGAAGAAUGUUUUUGACAAAGGCACCUUCGGCGAUCGCCUGACUGGAGAUGCCUCACAAAACACACAAGGCGGAGAUCGCGGGAAGGAACCUGCUAGUUCUGCAGUCGAUCAAGAGGAUGAAGAGAAGGAGCUGUGCUUCAUAUGUGCAUCGGAAAUUGAUCACUACGCAGUUGCGCCCUGCAACCACAGGACAUGCCACGUAUGUGCACUGCGAAUGAGAGCACUCUUUAGGACAAAGACUUGUCUUCAUUGCAGGACAAACUCAGACUUUGUCAUCUUUACGGACGAACAUGAAAAGCGAUACGAUGAGUUCCAGGAUAGUGAGCUAAGCUCAAUAGACGUGGGACUAGGGAUCAAAUUCGAAACACCAGAAAUACAAGACGACACUAUAUUCUUAUUGAGGUACAAUUGCCCGGAUCGUGAGUGUACCGUAGCGUGCUUAGGUUGGCCAGACCUUCAUCGACAUGUAAGGAGCGUACACCACAAGGUCAUGUGCGACCUAUGCACGAGAAACAAAAAGGCAUUUACACAUGAGCAUGAAUUGUUCACACAAUCUGAGCUGAAGAAGCAUGAAAGAUUUGGAGACGAUCAUCCAGGCGCAAUAGACCAGACAGGGUUCAAAGGUCAUCCAGAGUGUGGCUUCUGCAGGCAGCGGUUCUACGGCGACGACGAGCUCUAUGCUCAUUGCAGAGACCAUCAUGAGAAGUGCCACAUAUGUGACAGAAGGGACGAAGGUCGUCGGCCGCAGUAUUAUGUGGACUACAACAGCCUCGAAAUGCAUUUUAGGAAAGACCAUUUCCUCUGCCCGGACAGGGAAUGCUUGGAGAAGAAAUUUGUUGUGUUUGGGUCAGAAAUGGACCUCAAAGCACACCAAAUCCAAGAACACCCCAAUGGUCUGUCCAAGGAUGCGAUGCGAGACGCUCGCCGAGUUGAUCUGGGUACAUUCUCGGACCUACGUGAGCGAUAUGAUCCUAACGCUGAACGUCGACGAGGACGAGACGACCGUAAUGGGCGAAGUAGGGGAAGAGGCAGGGAUCCAAACGCAGAGCCAAUUCCCGCCUCAUCGGCACAGCCGCUACGAAGAGACGAACUUGCAUUCCAGCGACAGAUGGCUGUGCAGAGCUUAUUGUCUAAUAACUCGAGAACGUUUGGUAGUCAUCUGAGUGCGCCAACUCUCUCUGAAACUGAUACGGCAAGAGUGCCUGACCAAACCACUGCUACCAUGCGUGGUCCGCAACGACUUGAAACUGCGUUCCCUUCUCUCAGUUCUCUUAGGAGCGUUGUCGAACCUCCACUUUCUGCAAGAUCUUCAGCUUCUGCUCCAGAAGCUAACCUCACUCCCCAAGAACAAGCCCGUCGCAUACGACAUCAAGCAGUCAUUGACCGCGCUUCGGCCAUGCUAAAAGGGGAUCAGCCAAAAAUUGCGGAAUUCCGAACUAAGAUCUCACACUACAAGAGUGGACAACUUUCUGCAAACGAACUCGUGGAGUCAUUCUUCACACUUUUCGAUCGUCCGCCAUCAGAACUAGGCAGCUUGCUGAAGGAACUUGCAGAUAUUUUUGAAAUUGAGUCAAAGCGUGCCGAUUUGCUCAAGGCCUGGAACGAUUGGAAAGCAAUCAAUGAGGAUUAUCCAUCUCUAGGAGGCUCCAGCAGUGCUGGAGCUUCCAGCAUGGCCGUUGGCGGGAAAAGAGUACUCAAAUUGAAGACGGCUACAUCGCAGUCUGCCCGCUCCGCUAUUGGGAGAGCGGGCGGUUGGGGCAAUAUGCAAGCUGCAGAUCUCUUUCCAGCACUAACCGCAACGAGAGCGACAAGCGGCCAAGCGACUGUUGCACCUAAGAGUGCGUGGGCUGGUGCGGCAGCAAAUGUAGCUCCAACUCCAGUAGCGAGACCAACCCAGGCAGCUCAGCCGCAAGCUCCUAGUACAGGCGUCGAGGCUUUUCCUGCGCUCCCUGCUGCGGCAAAGCCCAUGUCUUCAGCGUGGACACCUAGCGGUCGCAAUGUGAUACGCACAGCGAGCUCGCAGCCAACACUCGUGAAUCCGUGGAGUUCUCCAAGCGCUGGCCCCGAAGUCGAGAGCGUAGACAGUAAAGCAGAGGGGCACAAGAAGAAUAAGGGCAAUAAAAAUAGAAAACAGGUGCUUAUGUCAUGGGGUUAG